AUGACCAUGAAUGAAGGUGGUAGUAGUGGCGGUAAAAAACAAUUUUUGAGCAGUAAGAGAAAGAAACCUACGGGGGUUAAUUAUUUGGCUCCACGAACUACUGUUGGGUCUCAGCCUUUAAUUAGGAGUGUUUUGGCUGGAAAAGAUGCAAAGUGGAGAGCAGACAUGUCUGUUGCACGAUUCUUUUAUGAUGCUUGCAUCCCAAUGAAUGCUUUAAACUCAAUUUAUUUUCAGCCUAUGUUGGAUGCUACAGCUAUAAUUGGCCCUGGUUAUAAACAACCUACCUACGAUGCUAUGUGUGUGAAUUUAUUGAGAGAUGCUAAGAAGGAAGUCCAAUUACUUGUUGACAAUUAUAAGAGUAUUUGGGAAGAGGUUGGAUGUACAUUAAUGGCUAAUGGUUGGACUAAUACUUGCCAUAGGUCAUUGAUUAAUUUUCUCGUAUACUGUCCUAAAGGUGUUUGCUUUAUAAAAUCAGUGGAUGCUUCAGAUGUUGUAAAGGAUGCCUUUACAUUGUUCAAGUUGUUUGAGGAAAUGGCUUUAUGGGUUAGACCAAACAAUAUUGUCCAUGUUGUCACAGAUAAUGGAUCAAAUUUUAAAGCUGUUGGAAGAAUGUUGUUUGAGAAGUAUGAGAAUAUUACUUGGUCGCCCUUGCAUCUUGCAAAACGUGCUUCUGAAGUGACCAAGUUUGUGUAUAAUCACACAAUUUUGAUAGCUUGGUUGAGGAAAAGAGAGGGUUGGAAAGAAAUCAUACGAUCAGGUGCACCUCGGUUUGCUACUACUUUCAUUGCAUUACGAAGUCUACAUGAGCACAAACAUGACUUGCAAGCUAUGGUGACUGAUAGGUUUUAUGUGGACUCUCCAUAUGCCAGAAGUAGUAAAGGCAAGAAUGUUAUUCCCAUAAUUCUAGAUAAUGAAUUUUGGGACGACAUGGGUUUAAUUUCCAAAAUUGUGGCUCCUUUGAUGCGUUUGUUGUGGAUUGUAGACUCAGAUGAGAGACCUGCAAUAGGAUAUGUGUAUGAUGGCAUGCAUAGAUCCAAAAAAGUGAUCAAGAAGUUCUUUAAAAAGAAAAAGACAUUGUACAAGCCUUAUACUGAAAUUAUUAAGCUGCAAUGGGAUAGGCUUUUGCGCCGCGACACAUUCAUGCUGCUGCUUAUUAGUUGA